UUCUGUGUAAACGGAAGCGACCUGUAACCAAGAACCAUUUCCACGUUAGCGGUUUUAUUUAGACAUUUAUUAACACCCUGGAACUCAGACUAUGACUAAUGUAACUGCACAGCAUCACAUACGUACCCCAUGUACUGUUUAAUUCGCGUUCGACUUGGUUGAUAUAUGUUAUCUCGAUAACGCUAGCUAGUAGCUGCUAACAAUGGCUAACUGUAUGGUUUUUCACACUCAAAUAGCCUCCAUCAUGGAGGUUCUAGCAAAUUCAGCUGUGGCAGAGAUUUGUAAACUCGUAGACGACGACUAUGCAGUGUUUCGUUUGGAAAUGUCUCAAAGCCAGAAAGAAAACAGGGCAUUGCGGAGGAAACUACAGCUACUGGAACUGAAGGUGGCUCGGGAGCGCGUCCUCGCCAUUCGUCCCAGUAGUGUCAAGAUCCUCGACCGAUACAAAGGAAUGACAAGAGGUGAAGGACAACUCACUGGAAGCCACAGGAGCUUUGUGAAACCAGCGUGGAGAGAUGACCAACCCGUAGCUCCACAUGAGGGGAGUGGAACCUCAACUCAGCAGGUUAUCGUGAUAGAGUCUGCAGAUGCAGAGGCUGCAUGUCCUGGGGUUAAGCAGGAGACGUUUGAAGGAGAGGAGGACCCACGGCACAGCAGAGACAUCCAGACUGGAUCGCCCCCUAUAGCCACAGAGGACACCGCAACUGCCGCCGUGCCCCAGGCCAAGACUCAACGCAGCAUCACGGAGGAGGAGGAGGGUCCAGAGGUGCUGCUGGUGAAGGAGGAGGGUCUGGGGAGCACUGAGGGGAACAUGGUCAUGGAGGACAACCAGACUACACCUCCUCCUGAACCCACAGAGGAAUCAGCUGAGCAGCACAGGACCACACACAGUCUCACUGAGUUAGUAGACAUGGAGGAUGGGAAGCCUGAUCUGCUACUAGUCAAAGAGGAGACAAUAGAAGACGAACCAGAGAGCAUUGACCUGCUGAGUGGAGUAAAGAUGGGGGAGCAAGGUGGUUGGCUGGAGGCUAACAGAGGAGACUGGGCAGCCAUAUUGCAUUCCCAGACCCAGACGGGCGCAGCCAAGGGCCUGGGGGACAACAUUACUCAGCAAGACAGGACCAGGGGCGAUAUAGUGGAGUCUGCAGUCCAUGAGGACCUGCUGAUAUCCAGGGUUGCUGGAGGGAGAGACUGGACGUCUAAAUCAUCUCGUCACAAACCCUGGUCACGGAUAAGAAUGCUGGAUCAGGAGCCGUCGCUCUUCAUUCCUGAGUCGGAACCAGGACCAAACCACGCGGGACAGAGACUCCACCACCACACAGAACACAACCAGUGGACAGGUGGACUGAACAACCUCAGCCCUGGUGGUCAUCAGAGAGACAGAGGCUCCAGUCAGGGAUCCAGUUUGCAGCCCAGACCCUUCUCUUCACAGUCUCAGUGCAGGGAUGAAGCAGGGCCUGGGGCUGAUAGAGAUGGACCCUCCUGUUCCUAUGAUACAAACACCACAGUAUCUAUGAUGAACAGAGCAGGUCACCCUGGGCUUCAGCCUUCAGAGAGAGUGGUGGGAGACCCCCCUGGUGGGAGUCUAACAGGAACUCUGUCUUCUCCCUCAGGGUCUCAUCUAAUGCCUGGUGACCUGGUUCAUAGAAAGCCUGGUCCUGGGUCUAGCCUUCCUCAGUUACCUCAUGGUUACCCCACCAAUACAGACAGGGUCAGGAUGGGCAUUCACCACGAGAGGUACCUAGCCUAUAACACAGCACACAAUCCCAACAACACCCAAACAAUGUUUAUAGGUCAAGGAGGGAGCUCAAAGACUAACCACCUGACGGUGGUGGCUCCUGCUUCUACCUCCUCUGGUGUCAUUGGAUCACAACGUGGGAGGCCGAGCAUAAGGUCGGACGCCGACAAGCCGUACGCCUGCCCAACCUGUGGAAAGCGCUUCGCUGAGGCAAACUAUGUGAAGAGGCACCAGACCGUUCACACCAAUGAGAAGCCCUUCAAGUGCAAACUAUGUUACAAGAGCUUCUCCUUCCUGACUAACCUUAUCAGACAUAGGAGUGUCCACAACGGGGAGAAAUCGUAGCAGUGUAGCUUGAGAUGUACACAUGGGGUUAUCUGGGAACCAUUUUUUAGCUGACAUACUGAAUUAUAAUUAUCAUGUGAAGUGUCUUGGAGUAAGAGGUUUUUGGUUUUAUUACUAAGCCCCUCAGUUGAGCAUCUGGGUAUGCUAACAUUCUCAGAUGAUACAGACCUGUUGUUUGGUGUGCUGGCAUAGCCAAAACACGGUCAUUUUAUUGAAAUGUAACUAUAUCUCCCCUCUGAAUUUGUUUUUUUCCUAUGUCCUAUACCCUCUUUUUUUAUAAUAUAUAACACCCCAUAACAUCAUUGGGCAUAAUCAGGUUGUAGCUGUUCCUUUAUGUACUAAAACAAUGUGAUCAAAUCUGUUAAUAAAUUAGGAACCAUUUUGUCCUUUUGAUACACGACAUGACCAAAAGUAUGUGGACACCUGCUCGUCCAACAUCUCAUUCCAAAAUCAUGGGCAUUAAUAUGGAGUUGGUCCCCCCUUUGCCGCUAUAAUGAUUUACUCGUCUGGGAAAGCUACUAGACGUUGGAACAUUGCUGCAGGGACUUGCUUCAAUUCAGACACGAGCAUUCAUGAGGUCGAGCACUGAUGUUGGGUGAUUAUGGCUGGCUCGCAUUCGGCAUUCCAAUUCAUCCCAAAGGUGUUUGAUGAGGUUGAAAUCAGGGCUCUGUGCAGGCCAGUCAAGUUCUUCCACACCAAUCUCAACAAAUUGUGUUUGUACACAGGGGCAUUGACAUGCUGAAACAGGAAAGGGCCUUCCCCAAACUGUUGCCACAAAGUUGGAAGCACAAAAUUGUCUAGAAUGUCAUAGUAUGUUGUAGCGUUAAGAUUUCCCUUUACUGGAACUAAGGGGCC